AUGGAAAGACCCACUAUAGUUCCAUUAGACCUCCCGCUUUGCCUUCCUUAUUAGUUAUUACACAUCUCGGAUCCCUCUCCCACCACCAGUCUGGCUCUCUCUCUUUCUCUCUCUUUUCCAUAUGAAAAAGAGAGGUGAGCUAGCUAGUUGCUAACCACCUUGCUCUGCAAUAUCCUCUCCCUCUGUUUUGAUCUGCUUUUCUUUAUGGCUCUUCUCACUUUCCAACCAGAGGCCACAGAGCCCAAGAAGAAGAAGAAACAAGUCCAACCACAACCACCACCACCACCACCAUCAAAACGCAGCCACCAAAAGCACUCCUCAAAAAAGCAGCAGCCACCUCCACAAAAGCCACCCUCCUCCUCAUGGGACCAUUUCAAGAACCUCCUCACCUGCAAGCAGAUCGAGGGGUCGAGAGUCCACGACCCGUCCAAAAAUGCAAUCGGCUACUCCAAGCUCGGGUCCUCUUGCGGCUCCAUAUGCAGCUUCAGAGACGUUGUUCACGGCAACACUACUAGCCGGGUUGUUCACAGAGCCGAUAACUCGCCGGACAGUAGCUCGCUGGGUCAGGAAACCGGGUUGCUCAGUCGGAAAGUUACAAACCGGUCCGAGUCAGGGUCAGGUACUAGAUCCAACCGCGGUGGCGGUGCUGCUUAUACGUCAUCUAAUUCGUCUAGAGGGAUGCAAUUCAGAAAGCUGUCGGGGUGUUACGAGUGCCAUUACAUCGUUGACCCUAGCAGGUACCCAGUUCCAAGGUCUACUAUCUGUGCUUGCCCUCAGUGCGGAGAGAUCUUCCCCAAAUUGGAGAGCUUGGAACUUCACCAAUCAAUUCGCCAUGCUGUAUCGGAGCUAGGCGUGGAAGAUUCCGGCAGAAACAUUGUGGAGAUAAUCUUCAAAUCGAGCUGGCUGAAGAAGGACAGUCCCAUUUGCAGGAUCGAACGGAUACUGAAGGUCCAGAACACGCAGCGGACCAUCCAACGUUUCGAGGACUGCCGCGACGCAGUGAAAAACCGUGCCCUGAACAGCACUAGAAAGAAUCCCAGGUGCGCCGCCGACGGCAACGAGCUGCUGCGGUUCCACUGCACCAGCAUCUCGUGCACGCUCGGCGCGCGUGGCUCUACAAACCUCUGCGGCUCCAUCCCGGGCUGCGGGGUCUGCACGACCAUCCGGCACGGCUUCCAAGGCGGUGGAGGAUUAGAAGUUGGCAAGGGAGUGCGCACCACUGCCAGCAGCGGUAGGGCCCACGACUCGUUGCAUUGUACGGACGGGCGCAGGGCCAUGCUGGUGUGCCGCGUGAUUGCCGGCAGGGUCAGGCACAUUGCGGACGAUGCGGCGGCUGAGGAGGAGGCUGCUGCCACCGCAUCAGCUGGUGGGUCGUACGAUUCCGUCGCCGGAUACGCCGGAGUGUACUCGAAUCUCGAGGAGCUGGUUGUGUUUAAUCCGAGGGCGAUCCUCCCGUGUUUCGUAGUUAUUUACAAAGCUCUUGACUCUUAAAUAGAUGCCCUAGUUUCUGUGCCAGUUGCUUAGAGCAACUCCAACCGAUUUCCUAUAUUUUGAUUUUUCUCUACUUUAGGGAAAAAAAGCAGAAAAAAAUAAGCCUCUUUUGCUCCAACAGACCCCUAUAACUAUUCAUAUUUUAGGGAAAGAGAAAACCAAAUUCCCUAUAUUUACAGCAAACUCUAAAAUUUUAAUGAAGAAUAUGGAGAUUUUAGAGAUUGUUGUAAAAUAGGGAAUCUAUUAGAGUUGGAGAAGAAAAAGAGGCUAAAAUUUUAACUUUUACUUCCCUAUAAUACAGAAAUUAUAGAGAAGCUGUUGGAGUUGCUCUUACUAUGUAUUCAUUUCAAGAUAGGAUUUUUUUAUCCCACCAAAAAUGAAAAAUCCUAUAUUGUAUUUCAUUGUUUAGGUGCCAGUAGUAUCAACUAAAUUAAUUUCGGUGUGUUGGUGUA